CUAGGACAUUUGCAGUAUCGAGAACAUAUCUUGUAAACGAAUCAUUGCACAUUGGGAAUCCCACUGUAAUUUGUUAUCGUUUUUCGUGUUGCUUGAAACAUGGCUGAGCAAGCUGGUCGCGAAAGAGAGAUGUUACUGCCGUCGAGCUCACACCCGAUGCCUUCACCCAAGCGCUUGAUCAAUCUACAACACUGGCUCUAUCCAUCUAGAAACUCAGAUAAUGGAUAUUUGCGAGAUAGUCGCACAAAAUUGAAACAUUUCUUAUCUUCCAAAGUAGGCCACUACGCUGUAUUGACCCUCGUCAUCUUAGAUGUGGCUGGCAUUUUUGCAGAUUUUGUCAUUAAUCUUUUCAAGUGCGAGAAACAGUGGGGAAGUAAAGGUUGGGACGAAACGCUUGAAGCUCUUGGCAUGGCCAGCCUCAUCUUCUCAAGUCUGUUCAUGUUUGAACUCAUUGCCUCAAUAUGGGCAUUUGGCCUGGAAUACUUCCGCUCGUGGUUUCAUUGCUUCGAUGCGUUCGUCAUUACGGCCGCGUUCGCACUUGAUGUGGCUCUUCGCGGCAUUACUGAAGAAGCAGCCUCUCUCAUUGUUAUCUUGAGACUGUGGCGUGUCUUUAAGAUUAUCGAAGAACUUAGCGUCGGUGCUCAAGAGCAAAUGGAGGAGCUUCAAGCCCGGAUUGAAGACCUCGAGAAGAGCAAUAGAGAACUUGAAGCAACUGCUAUGAUGAGGAGCACAUGACACUUGGUAGUGUUGACUCCUUGAUAUUUCCUCUUACUUUAAUCUGACUAUGACUAUAUGGGUUCUACCAUCUUGAUUUGCUCCAUGCCAACUACAGAAAUAUUAAAUGGUGCUACUUCGAAAAAAUUUUAACGUUCUUCGAGUCUUGAGCAUCGCCAAGUUUCGCUAAGUAAUAUCUACUUGUAAUCCAAAUUUAUUCUCUGAAUAACUACCAACUCCCCAAUACAUGGUUCCUACCGACGACUCAAAGAUAUCUGGGUACUGCUCUAGGAUCCCAGUUUUCUACGCUCGCCUUUCCUAUGGCCGAUCACAGUCCCUUCCUGGCAGCUCUGCGUCAUGUCCUGCGAGGGAGAUAAAAGUAAGCAUGAUACAGAGUAUUAUGAGUAUAACAUGAAAGAAUAGAAGUUAUGUAACCAAGAGUGAUUAUUUUGAUUUUUCUUAGUUAAAUAAGCAGAGAAAGC